AUGGAAACGAGUGGAAUGAGUGAUUGUAUUGAAUUGAGUGACGCCCUUGAAAAUCUUGGCAUGACUCAAACUAAAUUUCUUGAAAUGUGUAUAGUAACGGGUUGUGACUAUUUGUCAAAUAUUCGAGGAAUUGGUGUAAACCAGGCAAGAAAACUUGUUGUAGAAGAAGCUGAUCUGAUGAAGGCCUUGUUGAAUUUGAAAAAUGUCCCUGAAAGGUACAAAAACAGGUUUCUAGAAGCCAAAUCUGUUUUCCUCCAUCAGACAGUCAUAGAUACAAAGACAAAGGAAACUGUUCCUUUGAGUGAAUGGAGGGAUACUCCAGUGGCAACCUCACAACAAAAUAUGUUUGGAAUUUCUUUUUAUAUAAUUUCUUCUUAUAUUUCCUUUCAAUUUAUAUGACAGAAGUGCUGUCUGGUGUCAUUUGUAUGCUGAAAAGACUAGCAUGUUUUUAAAUAAAGUUUAUCAUCAUCAUCAAAUUUGCUAUUAUGUUGGCGAUUCCUUAAUUCAUAACAAGCUUGCUUUCUAAGGAAAAAUCUUUAAAUGUUUCAAUUGGUAAUAUCAACCCGGAAGAAAUGGAUGUUAUUUUAAGCACUUUUCCAUUACCAGUAUUAGUGCAGGUAAUGUAUUAUUUAUGUGAAAUAUGCAAUGUUAUUUUAGUCAUUAUCCUACAACAGAAAAUAAAAUCUUCUGGUGUACAUGUUAGACAGAGUUCAAUAAUAUUGUGUGCAUCUGAACACAUUGCCAUCUAAUGGACUAUCAGUAUGAAUCUUAAGGGCGGGAAGAAGUCUUCUAAUAAUAAUUCUAGCAACCAAAGUUUGAAAUUGUCUCUAUGGUUACAGUUUAACAUUUGCUUUAACAUUUUGAUAUUUAUCUAUUUUAAUAGUGAUGAUAUAUCUACAGUUUCAAAAAGAGAACAUAAUAAUGAAGGUAUUAUAAUUGUAUUAUAAUCAGUGCCAUAUAAAGUGAAGGGUGGGGAAUAUGUCCUCAACAUUUUUUCACAUUGCUCUUUUCCCCAGCUAAACUGUUCAAAGAGGUGACCUUUAGACCAUAGUACCCUUCCAACUUGAAUUUGCUUCCUUUCAUCCUUUGUUUGUGUACUUGGUGUGAAUUUUUGCUCACAUGGUUAAUUUUGAGGAGAUAUAUAGAUAUAGACCAUGCUUUACUCAUUUUGCAGAUGACACCACAGAGAUUAAAGUCACGAUUACAUCAAUCGAACGUGCUUCAUUCCCAUGGAGAAUUCCAUCAUUGCCAGUUAUAACCUUAAACUUUAAAAAAGUAAAAUUUACACUGAGCAAUGGACAGCAGUGCAAUGGCGUUGUAAACAAGGAUAUUGACAUUGACAUUGAACCAGGCAGAUUUUGCUGUUCAAGCCAUUGCACGAUAAGGGUGGAUAAUGAAGACCUGGUAGUGCUAUGGACACUAAGCCCAUUAAAGAACACCAUACAGUCAGUUGCAAGAGUGCAAGUUCGGAAUGUUGGUGAAGAAACCGAUGAUUACAGUGGAGAGCAUACACUACCCUUUAAAGUGAUGGGAACAUGUUAUUGGACUAGUCGGCAAGAUGCACUUGAAGAGGCAUACACAUACCUAGCUUCAUGA